AUGCCCGAUGUGCACUGGGCUACUCUUGUGCUCUUUAUAGCCACCGCCCAGGCUGCCCUCCCCGAUUUGGGAAAUGUUCUCGCCGCAAAACCCAGCCAAAAGCCGUCAGUUACGAAUUCGGCGCUGAUACCGAUAUCCUAUGACGUGCAGAUACAGUUUCCGCUUUCGGAGGCCGCCGAUCCGGAUACACCGUUAUUCACUGGGCGAGUUGUGCUACAGUUCGAUUUGACGCAGGAGGUACGGGCUGAGGUUGAUGGAGAGACCGGAGUUGCCGCCACUGGCAUCGAUUUCUCGAUCCUCGGCCUUGACCACCUAGAAAAUGUGUCGAUCGUCUACAACGGAGCUGAACUCCCACUAGCAAAUGUCAUUUUAUCCGAAAUUGGAAUGAGGCUCGUCUUCGAUCAACCUGUACUCUUUGCGGGCCGAUAUACCAUGAGCAUCCAGCGCUACAAGGGCUUUAUCGGAUCCGCGCUGUACUAUCGAGACGCCGGUGAUCACGCCGUUUUUGGUUCGUCCCUAUUCCCAAAAAGAGUGGCUGCCCUAUUCCCUGUCAUUUCACAAUCGAUGGCAAAGGUCCCAAUAUCAUUGACCAUCGUACAUCCGAAUAACAUGACUGCUCUCUCGUCAGCACCUCUUGAUGGACCAUCGGCCAGUAUUGAUGAAAAUUGGAUGGUUACAAGCUUCCGACCGACCCCUCCGAUAAUGCCAAGCUCACUGGCCCUCGCAUUGCUUCCAGAUGAGUACGAAAUGCGUGCAAAUACCUUGACUGGUAUCCUGCUCUCCCUCCACCACAAUCGCUACCGUAUCACCUCAAAACAAGCCCUCUACACCCUCAAUCAAGCCACCCAGGCACUCAUCAUGCUAAAGUCCUUCUUCUCAUCAGCCGUCCCGAUGGCCCAGCUCGACAUUGUCAUCAUAAACGAUGUGGUACCGUCAAAUAGUUACGGUACGAUAAUCGUGCCAGAAGACGUCAUCCUCUCCGCCGAUCUCCCCCAUCUCAUCUACACAAUUGCCGGCCAAAUUGCCCGCCAAUGGCUCGGCGGCAUUGUUACGGUGGCCCGGGAGAAGGAGCUGUGUCUACAGGAAGACCUUGCCGAAUAUGUUGCCCUAAAAGUCGUAAAGAGAAUGGCCGAUGAUGAGGGGCUGAGAUUGGCACUCUACGCAAAGAUGAUGCUAAACGAAGACUUCUUCGAGGUGGGCCACAACUUGGAGCUGGGCGAGGGGUUGGAACAAGCGUUGGGGUCGCGGUGUGGGUUGAAGGGGGUACUGUACCUCGAGUCGCUGGAGACGAUACUUGGCGAGAGGGACCUGCUGCAGCGCAUAAAUGCUCUGAUAUUUACGGCGAAGGAUGCGCAUUUUAGCCUCGCAACCUUCAUGCGCCACAUCUCUUCGCGGGUCGAUGAAGACGUCGACUUGGCGCAGGUCUACAAUUUCUGGUAUCGCAGCCGGGGCGUACCGCAUUUGGCAGUGAAAAGGGUGCGCGACUCCCUACAAUUGACCCAAGAAACGGCGAAUCGCUCGAUCGAAACAAAAGACGGGAAAGAGGAAAUGUCGCUCUGGCCGCUGGUGCUCGAUUUCUCGGACUUCCAGCUGCCCCUCCAUUUCAUGCUCUCACAGGGCAUCCAUUUGGCCCCCGUGCGAGACUCGCUCUCACUCGCCAAUCUUGGAUUCCGCCAUCUUUAUCGGGUCAAUUAUGAUGUCGAUACGUGGCGUCAGAUCAAAGACUCGCUAUUCCACAACGCUACCCUGUACAGUCGGCGGGAACGGGCGCAGCUCGUCUCCGAUUUUUGUUUCUUCUACCAAAGGGGCGAAAUCGAGGAAGAAGCUAAAGCGGAGAAGCUGCGCGCCGAGUUCAUCCAGAUGGUUCGGCUGAAGUCGUCAGAUUUCGAGCUGUGCGAGCUGGUGGCUUGGGGAUGCGGAGCUGGGAGAGUGAAGCGGAAAUCCUCGCGGGACUCCCUUCUGAAGAUCCGCCGUCAACUCUGGGACGCACUACGGAAUGAGGCGGAUUUUGGAUGUGGUCGAGGGGCCGUCCAUAGUAUUGCUGAGUUGCUGUGUAGGGAAACGACUGGAUCGUCUUGUCUU